AUGGAGGAAAGGCCCAUAGAUGAGUCGACGCUGACGACGACAAUAAGGCUUCCAGAGAAGAUGAGAACUGGUAUGAUAAUCCCGAUAUCAAAGAAGACCUUCUUCAACACAAAUUGGAAGCCAAAAGCAGCUCCCCUCUGCGCUUACGACAUGCUGUACCACCCACCCGACUACAAUCCUAAGUCAGCUCGCUCCGAUCGACAGGAACCUAAAAUCAUCCGAAAGAAUAUUUGGGCCCAAGAACGCCACAAGCUUAUACCAUCUACGACCCAUUUUGUCCAUGGAAGACCAACAUGGCCGAUCCUCGAUCGACCCACUAAGCAGUUCGUGAGGAUAGUCGUGAAAAAUGAGAAUCCUCAUAUGCGUAUCAAACAUAUACUGGAAUGGGCUGAAGUAGCCGACGAAGGAUUGAUGUCACUGUGUAUUUAA